UGUUUAAACGCUUUUGUCGUCUGCUGACUUGACGUGAAAAGUCCUCAACUUUGUUUCCGAACAAAAAAGAAAACAAAAGAAAACGACCGAGAUCGUGAAAGUGAUAAAACUUACAACAAAGAUCGCCAACCAAAGAACUUGUCAGAGACCGUGGCCGUGAGAGGAGAGAACGUGAAAGGAAGAGAUCACGCAGUUUCUCUCGUAGCCGUGAUCGUACAACAAGAAGACGUAGUUCCAGAUCUCGUUUCAGGUUUUUAGGUUGUUUCAAAAUGAUGAACAACUCAAAAUCAAAACACUCUAAUGACCCUACAAAAUCCAAACCUCGUGGAAAGCAAAAUAAAACUAAGAAGUCAUCCAAAAAGAAAAAUGCUGAUUCGGACAAUAAUAAGGAACAAGAUGAUGCAGUUUCUAGUAGUGCUGGUCAUUACGUGAAUACUUUAGAACAGCCGUUGACUCGGCGUCCAUUAUCGAGUACUUCAAAUGAAGACACAGUUGAAACAGUUUAUGCUGAAUCAAAUCAUGUUCCACUGGUGAUCCCCAAAUGGGAAAAACCAGAUACUCAAAGAAAAUCUUUCCACCUUGCAAGGGAUCCCCGCAUGACCUCAAAUCCCAUUAUGGAACGUGAUGAUGACAUGGAUGAAGAUAUUUCCAAUGAAGCAUUUCCUCCGGAUUUGACAAAUAACGAAUUAGUACACACCGCGGAAGUACUUCAAUCAAUCAUCGACAUCAACGUCGAAAAUGUUAAAAGUGAAAAAGAUGAUAUUGGACUUUGGAGAGAAAAUGAAGAUUGGAAAACUCGGUUUUGGAGUGAAGCAAAUUCAACCACUGAAGAACCUACUGCUGUUCCAGUAGUACGAAUUAAAUCUGAGCCUAUGGAUGAGAACGCUUUUAAUCCAUCUUCCGAACCAAUUGAAGAUGACCGCUGCUCUAUCGACUCUGGUUCUAUUGUUGGUCUCCCAUCUCCCGGACGGGCAUCUCCUACUCCAUCACUUAAAAAUGGUGAAGUAAACCAAACAGCGGGCGGUAUUUCAGAUGAUAAUGAAACACCCAGAAUCUCUCCUGAGCAACGGUUGAUCUCAUCGGAACGUAAAGACGACGCGGAUGUCACUCCGGCGUCUGGCAUCCAAUCAGGAAUGACAGUGCAGCAUUUGCCACCUCAGCAGCCUGCCCAGCCAGUUGCCGCACAGAUUCCAGUAAUAGCCCAACAAAACUUGAUUCCCGUGCAAGCCAGCAGUAGCAGAAACAGUGGAGCUCCUGUGCCGACCUUAAUCCAGCCAUCGACGAGUGUUCUGACGCAAUCGAAUUCGAUGCAUCCGGUCGUGCUGUUGCCUCCAUCGGCUCCAUUGCAGCAACAAUCGCAGCCGACACCGGUAGUACCAAUUCACGGUCCUCCACCAUUGGUUCCAAAUCGCGGACUCAUUCCUCAGCACCCACAUACGCCGAUUAAAUAUUUAAUUAAAGAUUGGGGUAUACCUAGUGAUACACCAGCUGCCCCACCUGCUACAACUACACCUCGUAGCGGUGCAGCAACAUCAUCAGCCAACGACGACUGGGGUUCAGAAGCCGAUGCCUGGGCAUCUGGAACUAGUAGCAAGCCAACAACUCCGAGAGCUGCACCGGCCGCUAGUUCAUCUGGUGGUGGCGGUGAUGAUUGGUCAUCAGCAGCUGAUAACUGGGCCAGUGGAAGCAGCUCCAAGACCACCACGCUUAGUGCCAGCAAAUCGGAUUAUCCAUGGAGUGUCGUAGUUAACAGUGGAGGAUGGUCUUACUGCUCUAGAGGAAGAGGAGGAGGAACCAUGUCCUAUUAUAAUUCUCAGUCUAGCUUUGGCCCCAAUGGAGAGAGUAGCGACAAUCGCUCCCGAAACACUACAGCGCCUGUCAUUAAUGAUGAUUGGAGGCGUUCUGCCACCACAAGCAGCAGUCACUGGACUACAGGCAGUAGAAAAUUCAACGAUGACGCUUGGGGAGCUCCUGCAUCUACUCAAGGAGGCAGUAGAGCAGAUUUAAACGGAAGACGAAUCAAGCUUGUCGAGGAUAAAGAUUCGGGUAGACGCGGAUCUCGCCGUCGUUCUCGCUCUUCAUCGCGUUCCCGUUCUCGCUCCCGUUCUCGUUCCCGCUCAAGUCGUCGCUCACGUCGUCGCUUACGUUCUCGCUCCAGGUGCAGAAGCAAGAGCCGCAGUCGUUCAAAGAGGUCUGGAAGCAAAAGUCGCAGGCGCUCGAAAUCUCGCGGGCAUUCAAAGUCCAAGAGCAAGUCCCGUUUGCGUUCUCCGAGAAAGUCUCGAUUCAAGUCGAGGUCUCGCGACAAGUCUAUGGAUAGGUCAAAGAGCGAGUCACACUCACGUUCGUCAAGAAAAUAUCGCUCCAAGUCCAGGUCUCGUGACAAAUCAGUGGAUAGAGAUCGUUCUGUAUCUCGUGACAAGUCUGUUGUACGCCCUGACUCCGUAAGAAAAUGCUACCGCUGCGGUGUAGUGGGACAUGAGUCAAAAUAUUGUUGGAAUAACGAUAGAAUUGAAUACAGAGGUGCCGCCACCGAAUCGUUGGAUGCUCCUGUCGAUGUUUCGGGACUGGGAAGCACCGCUAAUGGUUCAAAGACCUCUACAUCUCGUUCUGCAGCACCCGCCAGCAGCGAACCUAAUGACUGGAACGCUGCUACCAGCAACUGGGGUUCCGUUACAUCCAAUCGAACUGCAGCGAAAACGACGCCUAUUACAAGACCUGCAUCGAGUAGUGGCGCCUCUAAUGAUGAUUGGGGAGCUCGUGCUGAUGCGUGGGCAUCGGGCGGAAGUUCAGCUCCUCGUGGAAGAACAACACCAAGUGCAAGCCGAGCAGGAACCAGCACGGAUGAUUGGGGUGCACCCAGCAAAACGCCAACCAGUGGUAACGGUGCUGCGGCGGAUGAUUGGAAUUCCGGCUGGAUAUCUACAUCCAAUCCGUGUAUUCACAAGUCCACUUCUGCUCCCAAACCUGGAGGUGGUGAUUACUGGGGAGCCAAAGCUGAUGCUUGGGCAAGCUCUAAGGAAAAGACCACUCCAAGCACUAACAAAGGAGAUGAUUGGGGAGGCUCUACCAGUUCAAGCAGUCCCUGGGCCACUGGCGCAAAUGCUGCUCCCGUUGGAAGAACUUAUUCACGGGGUGGAUCCAGAUCUGGUGCCCCUGCCGUCAGCCAACCAGCUCCAGUCGACGAUUGGGGUAUACCUAGUGAUACACCAGCUGCCCCACCUGCUACAACUACACCUCGUAGCGGUGCAGCAACAUCAUCAACCAACGACGACUGGGGUUCAGAAGCCGAUGUCUGGGCAUCUGGAACUAGUAGCAAGCCAACAACUCCGAGAGCUGCACCUGCCGCUAGUUCAUCUGGUGGUGGCGGUGAUGAUUGGUCAUCAGCAGCUGAUACCUGGGCCAGUGGAAGCAGCUCCAAGACCACAACGCCUAGUGCCAGCAAAUCGGAUGAUCCAUGGAGUGUCGUAGUUAACAGUGAAGGAUCGUCUUACAGCUCUAGAGGAGGAGGCGGAGGAUCGUAUGGCUCUAGAGGAGGCGCUGGCGGCAGAGGAGGAGGAGGAAGACCCUGCUUCAACUGCAAUGAAGAAGGUCACAUGUCUAGAGAAUGCCCCAAGCCUUCUACCAGGGGAGGUGGUAGAGGAGGAGGAAGAGGAGGAAGCACUGCGACGUGUUAUAAUUGCAAUGAAGAUGGACACAUGUCGAGAGAAUGCCCCAAGCCUUCCACCAGGGGUAGAGGAGGAGGAAGAGGAGGAGGUAGCGGUGGUGGAAGGAAUACUUGCUUUAAGUGUAAUGAAGAAGGGCACAUGUCAAGAGAUUGUUCCAAUGGAGGCAGUAGCGGGGGAGGCAGUCGCUCCCGAUCCGGUACCGCGCCUGCCGAUGAUGAUUGGGGAACAUCUUCCGCCACCAGCAGCAGCAUUCCAUGGGCUACGGGUGCUAAUGCAGCUCCUAGAGGUAGAGCAACACCGAGUGCUGGAAAAUCAAAUGAUGAUGUUUGGGGAGCUCCAGCACCUCCUCGAGGAGGCAGUAGAUCAACACCAAGUGCCAGCAAGUCAAAUGACGAUGAUUGGGGAGCGUCUACCACUGCACCUGGAACAACACCGAGAUCUGGUGAUGGUCGAAGAAGCUCCCGCCCAGGUGGUCGCAGUCCACGACAGAUGGAAAUGGAUGACGCCACUCCACUCAACGACGAGUGACUUUCUAAUAAUCAAAACCCGAAAUGUUAUUCAUUUAUUUUCUCCCUUAAGUUUUGUCAUUUUUAACGUCUUCAUUUGUUCACUCACACGGAAAACCUACACGACCAAGUAGGAUGUUUUCUUUAUAGUUUGUUUGCAAUGUCGGAUAUCGACAAUGGAAGAAUUUUCAUGCAAUUUUUUUUUCUGUUUCAUCUUUAUGGGCCAUGUCAACGGCCCCUUUGUGCCAUGUUGUAAUGUAAUCAAGGAAUGAGCAAUAAACCUUUUUUUUUAAAUAAA